AUGUACUCCUCGUCGAAUAAUUUCCUCGGGGGUGGUGCCACUGGCCGUCCUGGCCAGGCACCAUUCAUGCCGCAGCAACAACAACCCCCCUAUUCACAAUUCCCCCAAGGCCAACAACCGCCAUCAAUUCAACAGCCUCAGCCCACUGGAUUUGCUCCACAGCCGACUGGAUUUGCUCCUCAGCCUACUGGUCUUGCGCCACAGCCCACCGGAUUUGGCGGUCAGCCCUCGCCAUUCGGUAGCUCGCAACUACAGCCUCAAGCCACCGGUUUCCCCGGCGGACAGGUCCAACCGCAAUACACCGGCUUCCCUGGUGGCGCGUCCCAGCAGCUUCAGCAACAACAACCCCAGAGCCUCCAACAGCAAUACACCGGCUACCCUGCCCAGAACCAGGCGCAGCAGCCGCCUCCGGUGCCACAGAUACCAACUCGGUUCAAGACCUCGACGGACAUUGCGAACUCUUUCCAAGAUGCUGCAGGGUCUGGGACACCUCCCCAGGUGCCGCCCAAGACGGGAUCGAAAAUCCCAAGCAUUCGGCUUUCCUUCAUCACGGCGCAGGACCAGGCCAAGUUUGAGCAGCUCUUUAAAUCGGCUGUUGGCGACAGCAAGACGAUGGAUGGCGACAAAGCGCGAGACCUCUUGUUGCGAUCGAAGCUAUCGGGCCCUGAUCUUUCUAAGAUCUGGGUUCUAUGCGAUUCAACCAAAUCAGGACAGUUGUUCUUCCCUGAAUUCGCGCUGGCUAUGUACCUCUGCAACAUUCGUCUCACCGGCCGCGAGCUUCCUGCCUCCCUACCUGAAACGAUCAAGAACGAGGUUUCCAGCAUGGUCGAUAUCAUCUCGUUCGAUGUCCCCGACACCGCGCCGGCGCCGGCCCAGCAGCGAUCAAAUGUUCCGAACUUCGAUGCGCCUCUCAUAGAAAACAAAUCAACACCGCCAAUCGUUCAACAGCCUAUUCCACAGCAGCCGAAUAAUGCACAGCUCCUGUCGCAGCUGACGGCGCAGCCAACUGGGUUCUUCCCGCAGCAGCCGAGCAUUCAACAGCCCAACCCUACAGGAUUCCCUGGCCAAAAUCAGUCCCAGUUCCUCCAGCCUCAACAAACCGGAUUCAUGUCUAACCCACAAGCUACUGGAUAUAGUGGACCUCGGCCUCCGAUGCCUCCUAUGCCCACUGGAUUCGGCUCGAACCUUAGCCCGGCCCAGACUGGUGGCAUGCAGGGUCUGGGUGUGCAGCCCACGGGCUUGGCAGCCCAACCUACUGGUAUUCCAGGUCAGUGGGGUUUCAUCAACACCCCGGCACAGGGAUUGCCCAACAUUGAUGCGAUGAAACAACAGCUUAUGCCGCAGCCUGGACGUGAGGGCGGUUUCAGUGCUGUUGGUCUUUCAGGAAAUGCUACGGUUGCUUGGGCAAUCACCAAGGAGGAGAAGAAGAUUUACGAUGAUCUUUUCCGCGCAUGGGACGGUCUUCGCAAGGGCUUCGUCAGUGGAGAGACUGCCAUUGAAAUCAUGGGCCAAAGUGGUCUGAACCGGGAAGACCUUGAACGGAUUUGGACCUUGGCGGAUCCUCAUAACCGUGGCCGACUUAACAUGGAUGAGUUUGCUGUGGCUAUGCAUUUGAUCUAUCGUGCUCUCAACGGAUACCCUGUACCUAGCCGUCUACCACCAGAGCUUGUGCCCCCUUCUACCAGACAUCUGAAUGAGUCUAUUGGCACAAUGAAGUCUCUUCUCUCCCAGGAUGCCGAGACGCGCAAGGCCACUGGUGCGUUCCUGCAGCCGCAGAAGACCGGUGUCAGUUACCUCAAAGAUCACUCCUUCCGUGGUGGCGGUGCAGGCGCCUCUGCUGCCAGCCGCAAGGAUGCGACGAUGUUCAAGAACAAUGACGCUGCUGGAGGCUAUCGCUCGAGUGCACGCCGUCGCGUCGGCAAUGAGGCCCGUACCCCGUCACCCGCCGCCUCCGGUGCGUCAGAGGAGGAGUACUCCGUGGAACAGUUACAUAAGAAGAUCCGCGAGACUAAGAUCAUGCUGGAUGCUGUCGACUUCCAGGAUGAGAACCGAGCCGAGGAUGAGGAUGCUCUCGACCGCCAGGAUCGCCGCGAGGCCGAGAGUCUCAUGGAACGUAUCCGCCGUGUGCAGGAUGAUCUUGACACCCACCCCAAUGCCGCAUUCCGUAAAGUGGAUAGCGGGGCAGAACGUCGGGCUCUUCGUCGCCAGUUGCAGGCAUAUGAAGAUCAAGUUCCUCAAGUUGCAUCUGACGUGCGUCGUCUGGAGCGUCAGAUCGCAGAUGCCAAGCUUGAGCUCUUCCGUCUCAAGGACGCCAAGGCGCACCCCGGUGGUGCGUCCAACAUCGUCGGUACUGGCCCUGGUGGCACUGUGACCGAGGCGGACCGAAUUAAGGCCCGGGCCCGGGCCCGUAUGCAGGCCCGGGCUGCCGAGCUUGCUGGACGCCCCGCACCCGCGACAGAAGAUGAUGAUGGCCAAGCCGCUCGUCGUCUAGAAGCUGAAAGCAACAACGUGAAGGCUGAGCGGGAGCGCAACGAGACCAUGACACGCGAUGUCGAAGAAAGUGUCCGUGAUUUCGCCCACAGUUUGGAAGACAGCUUGCGCGAGGAAGGCCAAACCUCCACACGUGAGCAUGAGAAGCGUCGUUGGGAAGAUGCCUUGGGUGUCGAGGAUGUCAUCCGCGACUUCAUAUAUGACUUAAGCCGCAAUGCCCGAACUGCAAAUAUUCGCAAAGAGGAGCGCGACCGACCUUCUCCCGAAGCGUAUUCUUCCCGGGCAUCCCCAGCGGCCGGAUCCCCCGCUGCACGCCCCUCGAUGCCUCAGUCUGUCGACUCGUCGUCCUCUCUUCCUGGCAACACCCACGAAGACAGGGUGGCUGCUGCCCGAGAGCGUGCACAGAGGCGCAUUGCUGAACGCAUGGCUGCUGCAGGUCUCAAGCCAAACGACACCUCGGAGACCCUUGCUCAACGACAGGAGCGUGAGAAGAAGGAGCGCGAAGAGCGCGUUAGGCGUGCCGAAGAAGAGGACGCCAAGCGAGAGCAGGAGCGACAGCGUCGCCUGGCUGACGAACGUGGUGGUCCUAGUGCUGCGGCUCCUAAGAUCGCAGGCAAGAAGCCACCCCCAGCGCCGCCAACCCGCAGGGCCCGGACUGACAGUACGGGCCAAGCCGAUGCCAAGAAGGCAGAGGAUUCCGCUGUCCGUGGGCAGGCCAUCAAGGAAGAGCAAGAGGUCCAGGAGGCGGAGACUAAGCGCCUAGAGAGCGAGGCAAGUCAACGCGAGUUGGAGUUCCAGCGGGAGAAGGAUGCCCAAGCUGCUCGUCUCCGUGCUCUUGAGGAACAGGUCCGCCAGGGCAAGGUCAAGAAGCAGGAAGAGAAGCGCCGCAGGGAAGAAGCUGCCCGGCAGGCCAAGGAACAGGAAGCUAGUCUCGCAGCCCAGCGUGCAGAGCUAGAGGCGGCUAAGGAACGCGAGCGACAGUUGCAGCUUGAACUGGAGGGUCUGGAUGAAUCAUCGUCCGAUGAAGAGGGUCCUGCCGAUGUCACGCCUCAGUACAGCACGCCGACGCAGAGCCAGGUUCUCCCUGCCCCUCCUCCCGUGCCAACGAUAGCCACCCCAGAGCCUCCCGCUCCGGCACCCGAGCCCGAAAAUGUGCCUAGCCAAGCUAGCUCGCCCGAAAGCAGCCGUGCUGUCCCCGCCGCUACUGCUGAUGCCGAGUCCAAGAACCCGUACUUCAAGAACAUGGGCCACCCAGAACCUUCGCACGCAACCUCGCCGCCUGCUGCAGCUCAGUCAACCAACCCCUUCCACCGCUUAGCGCAGCAAGAACCCAUCAAGCCCGCUUUCACCGGCGCAGCUCCUUUAGAACGCAAGACCCGUGCGCGACCCGAGCAAGAUGACGACUGGUCUGCUGCCGGCUCUGACUUUGACUCCUCGGACGAGGACGAUGACGAUCGUCCCAGCGGCGGCAGCGCAAAGCAACUUGCCAGCAUCCUAUUCGGCACUAUGGCGCCCCCGCGUCCUCUGACCACCCCUGCUGCACCUCCGCCUCCACCCCCGGUGGUCUUGCCUCCUCUCCCCGGCCUUGGCGAAGGUGCCUCCUCUCCAGCGCCUCCAUCUGCAGUACCUCCUCCUCCCCCUCCCCCACCGCCUACUCCAGGAUCCGGUGCACCAUCCAUGCCGCCACCCCCUCCUCCUGGCGGAGCUCCCUCAGCUCCUCCCCCACCACCCCCUCCGGCUGGUAUUCCCCCUCCACCUGCUCCAGCUGCUGGCGGUGCUGGCCGCGGCGCUCUCCUCGCAUCUAUCCAACAGGGUAAGUCUCUGAGGAAGACUCAGGUGAACGAUCGGAGCACGAGCUCGUCAGCUGGACGUGUGCUGUGA